AUGGACACGAGUCACGUGCUGCCCAUCAAGCUCGCUAGGGUAACCAAAGUGCUGGGCAGGACCGGUUCGCAGGGACAGUGCACGCAGGUACGUGUGGAAUUUAUGGACGACACCAGCCGCUCCAUCAUCCGAAACGUCAAAGGUCCCGUUCGAGAGGGAGAUGUGCUCACCCUAUUGGAGUCAGAAAGGGAGGCUCGGAGGUUGCGCUGACCUUCCUGCUGGGUCCU